UGUUCGCUGCAGGCAACAGACGCGUGUGGAAAAUUCAUGGGAAAUAUUUACCGUUAGCCACCCGCCUGCCGUAUUGCGUGUAAAAAAGGGGCGUGUGCGUGCGCCUGUGUGUGUGUUUGGGCCAGGGAGAAUUGAAAAUGUAGUAUCCCAGUUGGGCGCUCAAGAAGUAAUACCCAAAGUACUAAAACUCAAAGAAGUGCCUUUAUAAUUUACCGAUUUUCCUGACAUUACUUUGGCCAAACUUAGUUUAGGCUUCCGCAAUCUACGCUUAAAAAUACAUAAAUAUACUAUAAUGUUAAGAUGUGUGGUUUAUAAUAAAAUUACAUAAAUUUGCAGUUGUUUAAGAGCCCAAUAUCAAAUCAAAUUUGUUGAGAAAGGCGUAGAGUUUAUUGGAAACCUAUAGACCCUGAAAAGUUUCCUUUGACAAGUACACGAAAUGCGCCAAAAUUCUGCAGCUGAGCACGAAGUUCACCUUCACCCAAAGCGUAUGACAUGCAUAUGAAAAAUCGAUACUAGAAGCAUCAGCAGUUGCAACACUCUACGGCCGCUCCCAGUUAACCAAAUAAAACCAAGGUAGAGGUUCUAUAAGCCCAGAUAUCGCCCAUAAGGCAGUUGGGCAGCAAACGGGAAAGGGUUAGAGACCCAGGUAUCCCAAUACCCUCGACAUGGUCGAUGCCAAACCACAGCCACCCACUCCGGGAGCGAUGCCGGGAACGGGAACUGGAACGCCACCGGCUGGCUUUGCCGGCGAGCGAUCGAAAAUCAAAUUGUUUAUGGAACGGACCCCCAGCAUCGGGGCCCUCAAGUCCAAGUUCCUCACAGUGCUGGGCAACAGCAACGAGCUGCUCAACGGAAUAUCAAACAAGUUGACCCUUAGCAGCAGCAGCAGCGAUUCAGACUACUGCGAUGACGACGAGGAUAUACCCAAGUUUGACGAGACCAUUGAUUACACAAAGAUCGACUUCGAAGGUCGUCGUGUGAAGGCUCGUCGAGCGCACGAGGAGAUCAUCUCAGGACGAUAUCGCCAGCCCAAUUUGGCACCACGUCCCCGCCUGGAACCAUCGCGAGGUCGUCAUGCGGCGAGUAAACUGGCUGGACCACUCCGCUCUAGUUCUGGCUCCUCGAGCAGCUCCAGCAGCAGCGACGACAGCAGUUCGAUCUCACUGCCCGAACCCAUUGCUAAUCGAUCCCAUGACGUGAGCAGCACCACCCGCUCGGAUUCCAUAGAGUCCCGCCACUCCGGCGGCUAUGAGAGGGCCAGGCAAAUUGCCGGAGCCCGGCGCAGUGAGAUGGACAUGCAGAGGGAUACGCAGAGGACUGGCGAGGUGAUCGAAUCCCUGCCGCCGCACAUCGAUGUGCAGCCGCCCACGGAGGGGGGUACUGGGGGGACGGGCUCCGGGGGACGUCAGCAGUGGGCGGGCGGUAGCAACUCCAUGCGCCUCCCAUCGCGAAGUAGAGCCUCCAAUAGCAGCACUUUGACCAGCCUGCGGGAUGAGCCCGACCAGCUUUUGGCCAGCCCCAGCAUGGAGUCCACCGACUGGCGGCACUUCAUCCGCUCGGAGUCGCAGAACUCGGUGCCCUCGUGGGCAUCUUCCAUCAGCCUGGAUUGUCGGGCGGGUGAGGAGCCGGUCAAGGAGUUUAUGAAACACUUUACCGCCUUGCUCUUCGGUGGAUCCCCGGCUGCCGUCGACCUGGAGCUGAAGUCGGAGUUCGGGGUGCUGCUGCGCCUGGAGAUUGGCCGACUGUGGUUCACCCGCUUCCUCACCGAGCAGCGCCACAAGUCCAAGCGCCUGGAUUCGGUCACCUUUGGCGGUCUGGCCCAGUACUUCGCCUUGGCUUUGUUCGAGUGCAGCGAGUGCGAGGAUUACGGACCGGCGGCAGUGCUGAUGAACCUGUGUUUCCUCUUCUACCACGAGGUCGAGGUGCCCGGCUGUGAUCCCUAUCGCGAGUACCUGUUCUCCUCGCUGCGCCAGCAGCCCAUCUGGCAGCAGUCGCGCUUCUGGAACGCCAUCUUCCAUGACGCCCUGCAGGCGGAACGGGAACACCGGGGUCAGAGUCAGAUGAGGCGCCAGCAGCGCCGCCAGCUGAAGCAGCAGCAGCGGCAGGCAGCCGGAGGAGCGGUAUCAGGAGCGGUAGAUGUGCCACCUUCCAAGUCGAAGAAAGGCGGCGACUCCUCGUCCAGUUCCUCGCAUCAGGCGGUUCAACCAGCCACUCCGGCGGCUCCGGCGUCCACUGGCUCCGUUCCGGCCAACCGGAGGCAGAGCAAGACCAGCCUCACCCAGGCUCCGUCGGUCAGGGAGCAGGAGGACAUUGCAUUUCGGCAGCUUGGGGCCUUGACUUGCAAUAUGCACUCACUAGGCACAUCCCAAGAAUUGUGUCUUGACUUCCUGAAAAAGAAUGUGGUGGCCCUUAACCUACCAAAGGAUAAAGCCAAACUUAUUAGAGACAAUAUCUAUCGAAUGUACCACGAGACGCAACUUUGGGGAGCCCGCCACGCCUGAGCAGUAACAAUUGUAAAAGUACCUAACGAAAUCGUGUUUCAAUCUUCGUCUCAACUAAAGCUAAACUUUUGUCUUAAGUCAGCCGACAACUCCAAGCUAAUCCUAACUAAGUAGCAGAUCAAUGAAGGUUUAUCUGAAAUCCAAUGUUUUUACUCGUGUUGUUGUAACCGUAAAGAUAUUAACGAAGAAGGGAUUCUUGUAACGAGUUUGGCAUGCUCUGAAAUUAAAUUAAGAAUUGCCUCAAUCAUCAAUAAAUCACAAAACAUGUCGAUAAUUUAAAUACUAUAAUUCUGCAAGUGUUAUUAUUUUUAUAUUAUAAGUAAUGAUUAGUCUCAUACCUUUUAGUUUUCCUUAAAGAAAAACGAAUUCGGAUCGCAUAUCAAAAAAAUGUUUUAAGUCCAAGCCAGUUACAAGAAUAUCAUUUCUGCGAAAGGUAGGAGGACAUUUAAACAAAUACUGAUAUGUACAUGUAUCUAUAAAUUGUGAUAAUAAUAUUUUGUGAUUACUUUAUAUAGACCUAAAUAUUUACGUGUACCGGAAUUAUGCAAUGCAAAAUAUUUAAAAUAUCGCAGUUUAAAUGUUACAAAUCAAGAUCAAUAAUUAUGCUAUGUAUGUUUAUAAUGUAAGAGAUAAUAUUUAAUAAUUGUUUAAUACAUUCAAAUUAAUAAAAGUCUAACAAAUAUCAAAUAGUUGCAGUAAAGUUCCGAUCGGUCGAAAGAUUUUCCUCCAAGAUUUCAAUUACUUUUGUACGGCAACCGCCAAAAAGUAGGCCAUAGUUUGUACAAAAUAUCAAAGACAAUUCUCUAGCAUUUGAGCGAAAUUUAUUGAUUUGAAGUUUUCGACUCCCAUAAAAUAAAAUCAAAAUACGACUUAAAUACUUA